AUCGAGAUGCAUCCCGAUCCCUGGGGGUGGAGGUUGGAAAGUGGGAAUGAGAACGAGGCUUGGCUCUGGCUUGGCCUUCAUCACUUCUCUGGGCACAACAAGCUGCCGACAGCAAGCUUCCAGGUCACACAAUCCUUUGAAGGCAAUAAAUACCGACCUUGCCGCUCUUUUUGCACCACCUCUACCAAACCUCUCUACGACCUCAUCAACCUCAAAGCACUUCAUCAACCAAAACCACCACCACUCAACCAAUCACAAUCACCAUGGGUCUUAUGUGGACUAAAGGGUUUGGCGGCCGACACGCCGGCGGAGGAAUCAUCGUCGACAGGCAUGGCGCUCGCCGCGCACCUUUCAGAUUCUCCCUUGGCAGAUUCAGCUGCUUCCGCUAGGGUCUCAUACUGCAGAAAACAAGAUCAAACGGCAGAAAGCACUUGUCAGGCAUACUAUUUUCCCUGGAAUCAAGAAGAGGAAGAGGUCGAAAACGCCUCCUGAAGAGAUCACUUCGAGCGAUGAAGCAAGAUAUGUUGAGCAAGAGGAGAGAGCAACGAAGCGUAUGGCAGACAACGAUCUAGAUUACGAGAAUAUAUGAAUCAAAAACUCAUCAGAGUAAAAGCACUGAAGGCUCAAUACUGGUGAGAGAUCUCCGUUGUAGCUGCAUAGUGAUACGUAGCACGAGGGGUUACCUUAUAGCCCUCUUUCCUGUAGCUACUCGUCACCUUUCUUACGCGACGACCAAGCCUGUCUCGACUUUACCUAGUCAACACCCACUCUAUCUAUCUCUCCCGCCGCCGCCCUCGCCUGGAUCACAUCCACACCAUCAAGGCUCGUUUAAGUUGGUG